AUGCCCACAGCCCUGUGUCCCCGAGUCUUGGCUCCGAAGGAAAGUGAGGAGCCCAGGAAAAUGAGGAGCCCACCGGGGGAGAGCCCUGGGCCCCAGGGCGAGCCUCCCAGCCCCGAGUCCUCCCGACGCCUCUUCCGCCGGUUCCGCUACCAGGAGGCGGCCGGCCCCCGGGAGGCCCUCCAGCGCCUCUGGGACCUGUGCCGGGGCUGGCUGUGCCCCGAGCGGCACAGCAAGGAGCAGAUCCUGGAGUUGCUGGUGCUGGAGCAGUUCCUGGCCAUUCUGCCUCGCGAGAUCCAGGGCUGGGUGCGCGCCCAGGAGCCGGAGAGCGGGGAGCAGGCUGUGGCCGCUGUGGAGGCGCUGGAGAGGGAGCCAGGGAGACCCUGGCAGUGGCUCAAGCACUGUGAGGACCCCGUGGUGAUUGACGAUGGGGAUGGCCCUCUGGACCAGGAGCAGGAGCGGCUGCCAGCAGAGGCCCAGAGCCACCUUGCAAAGAGCCAGGAAGCCCAGCCAGUGGCCCUGCCCCAGGGCCCUGGGCUCCCAAGCCGACUGCCAGGCCAGCUCAGCGGGGACCCAGUUCCUCAGGACCCAUCCCUCCUUCAGGAAGUGAGCUCGAGGGAUGGACAGCAGAUGACCUCUCUCCAGCUGCCCCUGAAACGGGUUUUUCCUUUGGAGGACGUGAUCUUCUGUUUCUCGCAAGAGGACUGGUCCCUUCUAGACCCUGCCCAGACUGGCUUCUACGGGGAGUUCAUCAUUGGAGAGGACUGUGGGGUUUCGCUGCCUCCAAACGACCCAGCAGCCCAGCAGGACCUCUCUCAGGGUGAGGAGAACGAGCCGUGUGUUCCCGAGCUGCAGGACGUCCAGGGCAAGGGUGCUACCCAGGUCUCCUACUUGGACGCUCCAAGUGUCCAGCCAUUCCAGGCCGAAGAAAGAGGAAAACAUGAUGAGCUACAGGGACCAGAGUUCCAGGCCUGCGAGCAGACGACACUUGCUCAGAGCACCUGCCCAGCCGGAGGUGACCCGCCGCCCCCUAAGAGCAGCCUGGAUGAGGAGGUGACCAUCGAGAUCGUCCUGUCCAGCUCUGGGGAUGAGGACUCCCAGCUGGGCCCCUACUGCACAGAGGAGACACGGAGCCCCCUGGGGAAGCAAAACGGCACCCCCGUGCCCCAGCAGAAUGGCCUCUCGGCGGGGGGCGAGGUGCACCCCUCCGGGAAGUCCUACGUGUGCCCCAACUGCGGCAAGGUCUUCCGCUGGAGGGUCAACUUCAUCCGGCACCUGCGCAGCCGCAGGGAGCGGGAGAAGCUGCACGAGUGCUCGGUGUGCGGGGAGCUGUUCAGUGACAGCGAGGACCUGGACGGGCACCUGGAGGCCCACGAGGCCCAGAAACCCUUCCGCUGCGGCGCCUGCGGCAAGAGCUUCCGCCUCAACUCGCACCUGCUCUGCCACACGCGGGUCCACCUGCCGCCCACCGAACCGACCGAGGCCCGGCCCGCGAUCGGGAGCGAGCAGGGGGCGGCGGAGUCCCCCGGCGGGGGGCCCGAUGCCCCGCCGGCCGAGGGCCGGGCCCUGGUGAGCAGCCGGUGCUGUGACUGCGGGAAGCUGUUCCAGCGGCCGGACCACCUGGCCAGGCACCGCAGCAGCGUGCACGCCAAGGACCGGGCGCGGCCCUUCCGGUGCCGCUACUGCGUCAAAAGCUUCCUGCACAACUCCGACCUCCUGCGCCACCAGCGCCUGCACAUGAAGCGCCGCUCCAAGCAGGCCCUCAACUCCUACUGA